AUGGUGGAUAUGUUAUGUAGGACAGGGCUUGUUACAGAGGCGUUCCAGUUCGUUCAAGAGAUGCCUAUUGAAUCUAACCCCAUCAUUUGGCGGACUUUGAUCAACGCGUGUCGCGCCAUUGGAGAGCUGAAGCUUGGAGAGGAGAUCAGCAGGCAACUAAUCAGGAACGAUCCGUUGUAUGAGUCGAAUUAUGUGCUGCUCUCGAAUAUCUAUGCUAGAAUGUCUGAUUGGGAAAAGAAGAGAAGUGUUAGGGAGGCGAUGUACAGGAGUGGGUGUUGGAAAUUUGGUUGA